ACAGUGCAGGAUCAAGAUGGCAGCCUCCGUGUGUCGGUGCUACGAGCUGAUUGGCAGAAAUGCCUUGGCCCUUUGCUCCCGGUCUCUGGCCUCCUCGGCGUGGAGAGGAGAUCCUUACAGGUUACACAGGAGCCCAGCUGCAGCUGUGCAGGUGCGACAUGCUUCAGGACGUAAAGGUUUUCUGGGGGAGUUUGUUGACAACCUUCGUCAGGAGUUCAGUAAGAAUCAGGAGAUGAAGGAAAACAUAAAGAAGUUUAGAGAAGAAGCCAAGAGGCUCGAGGAGUCCGAUGCCCUCCAGCAGGCCCGCCGGAAAUAUAAAUCAAUAGAGGCCGAGACAGUGAAGACGUCCGAGGUGUUUAAGAAGACGUUCGGCUCUCUAUCAGACACUGUCAAGGAGGGUCUUGAGGAGGUGAGUCGUACUGACAUUGGGAAGAAGAUCAAGGAAGGUGUGGAGGAGGCAGCCAAGACAGCCAUGCACUCUGCUGAGUCCGUCACCAAAGGAGGAGAGAAACUGGGCCGGACCAGUGCAUUCAGAGCCAUCUCACAGAGUGUGGAAACCAUGAAGAAGGAGAUAGAUGUCGGUGAUGCUGGCCCUUACAGGGCUCCUUCUCAGCUGAGGAAGAGGAGCGAUUUCUCAUUUAAAGGGGCAGACAGCGACACCAGAGUGUUUGAAGCCAAUGAGGAGGCUAUGGGCGUCGUUCUCCACAAGGAUUCAAAGUGGUACCAGCAGUGGAAAGACUUCAAGGACAAUAAUACAGUUUUUAACAGAUUCUUUGAGAUGAAAAUGAAAUAUGAUGAAAGUGACAACACCCUCAUCAGAGCAUCCAGAGCUGUAACCGACAGAGUCACUGGCUUUCUAGGUGGUCUUUUCUCUAAGACGGAAAUGUCUGAAGUGCUGACAGAGAUUGUGAAGGCAGAUCCCAACUUUGACAAAGAUUCUUUUCUCAAACAGUGCGAGAAAGAUAUAAUCCCUAACAUACUAGAGGCUAUGAUCCGUGGAGAGCUGGAUGUAUUAAAGGACUGGUGCUAUGAAGCUACGUACAGUCAGCUGGCCCAUCCCAUCCAGCAGGCCAGAGCUCUGGGGCUUCUCUUCCAGUCUAAAAUCCUUGACAUUGACAACAUAGAUCUAGCGAUGGGCAAGAUAAUGGACCAGGGCCCGGUGCUGAUUAUCACCUUCCAGGCUCAGGUCGUCAUGGUGAUCCGCAGCCCCAAAGGAGAUAUUGUGGAGGGAGAUCCGGAGAAGGUGAUGAGGAUGAUGUAUGUUUGGGCGUUGUGUCGUGACCAGGAGGAGCUGAACCCCAGCGCGGCCUGGAGACUCCUGGACAUCUCGGCCUCCAGCACUGAGCAGGUUCUUUAAAAGGAGGAGGGACGCAGGUGAAAGGGUUCAUCUGGGACACACAAACUGAGAGGAAGAGCAGAAGAGACAAAGAUGUUCCUGGAAUACCUGCACAACCCGUGUACAUUAACUUAAGAGAGAAGAGUGAAGCCCUGCUGCCGUGCCAGAGACUGUAUUUGCACACACUCCAUUUCCCCUCAGCACCCGGAGGAUUUAUGUGCAGAUGUACAUAUUUGACCACCCUCUGGCAUGAAAACAUACAUGCCCAUGGAGAUCGACUACAUGAUAUAUUCACUGAAAUCUGUGCUUCCAGUUAUAUGUGUGUAGUCUCUUGCACUGGUUAGCUCAGUGUUUGGAUUAACUGGAGUGUGAACAUAGCACUUAAACACUAAUCUGGAUGGAGUGGAUGUAACCAACCUUUUCACCAAAUGGCAGGAGCCUGCAUCAUUUCAUCCAGUGGUACAGUCCAUCCAUACUAUCCACCAGGGCUAGGUUCCAAAAGAUUAUGUUAAAGAUGGUGGAAAAUAAGGAGAGAUACCAUGGUUGGUUGGCUUUUUGAGGAAUGUUUUGAAGCCCAAAGUAGGAUUAAUUUACGCCAACAUCUUUGUCAAAUAGCCAUAAAGUAAAAAUGUAGACGGUGUGAUGCAUUUUUACACUGUGUCUACACAGGAGGUACAGCGUGAGCAGCUUCAAUUCUCCAUCUAUGUCUACACAGGAUGCAUUCAGGCACACUGAAACCAACACACAGUCACUCAAGGUACAUAAAGAUGCUGUACUGUAUAAAAGAGAAGUCUCUCUUCCGUCAGAUGUGCGUGAGACAGAUGACUUGGCUCAAAUGCCUCCUGUGCAGACGCCCCGUUAGCGGUGUUGAACAAGCACCAACCAACACAGCCGAGUAUGAUAGCAUGAGAGAGCAUCGCAGUUCAAGCAAACUGGCUUUAAAGCAUGCUUCAUACUAAGCCUUAAUAUCCCCCCAAUGAAACAGUACUUAAACUGGCCAUAAAAGCACAGAUAAGACAAGGUGGAAUAAGCCAUUUAGACUUUUAGGUGACAUUUAAAGAGUUUGUACAUUUUUUGAUGAUUAGAUAAAUGGAAUUUUAAGAUACUUCAACACUGACUUACAUGCAGCUGUAAAAUGAGCUCAAGAUUUAAGCAUACGUAGGAUGUAAUGAUCUGUGUAUUCAGAGUCCGUCCUGUCUCCUCUACUAUUGUCUACUGCAACUUGCAAACAAACUGUGAAAGCCAAUCAAAAUUUAAUUAAUACACUGAUCAGCCACAACAUUAAAACUGUGUAGGUCCUCCUCAUGUCACCAGAACAGCUCUGACCCAUUGGUGUCUAGACAGAGGGUCUAUGGUGGUGUCCUGUGGGAUGCAGGUGGGGCUUUUGUGAAUCUGGUUUGUUCCAGUGUAUCCUGCAGACGCUUGAUUAGGUUCUGGGGCGUUUAGAGGGCAGAUCAACGGCUUGGGCUCUUUGUUGUGUUUUUUAAGCCGUUCCUGGGCAGUUUUUGCGGUGUGGUGGGGCACAGUGUCCUGCUAGGUGAAGCUGCCGGUGGAAAUGGGGAUGUGCUUGGUCUGCAGCAGUGUUUAGGUGGCUGGUACGUGUCAAAGUAACAUCCAAAUGAAGGUCAGGACCCGAGGGUUCAAAGCAGAAAAUUGCAUUGUGACAGGAUGAUCAGUGUUGUUCACUUGACCACUUAGUGGUUUUAAUGUUGUGGCUGAUGGUGUGUAGCACUUCUUAAACAAAUCAAAUGCAGUUCAAAGUGCUUUACAAGCAACAACAGUGUACACUUUAAGUUUCUGUUGUCACUAUCUGUAGUACGUUUGGAAGUAGAGCAGGUCUUUUCAUUCAGACAUGCAGUGGACUGUUCUCUAAGUCUGAUUCAGAGUUUUCACAACAUAAGCUUAUAAAUACAUCAAAUGUGGAGUAUUACUCCUACAUGGGACCAUGUUCAGUUAUUGAUCAUUAAGGCAGCUUCUUGUUUUAGGAUCAUUUGUCAAACCAUGUUACAAACCUUUUAGCUGUUUGUCUUAUUCAAGUGUUUGGUUUACUUUUAUGUUUGUGGCUUUUCAAGGAGAAUAUGGUGAAAAUGAAAACUUGAAUGAAUGAGUAUUUUAUUUUGUUGACUGUAUGGACCUACUAUUCAUGACAGUUACAUUCUGUGAACAUGGGGACUUUUACUCACAUCAGUGAACAUUGAACACGUUUUCAUUCAGUUGCAUUCCUGAUGAAUGUCUUUAAGCUAAGCUCUUUGUUGGUACCUCCAUGUGAAGAAGUUCCCAACUUGUGCAUGUUUUUUUUGUUUGUUUGUUUUGUAAAGCAUGACAGAUGCCAAACUGCCUGGUGAGAUGGUUUGUUACUGAUGAUAACCCAUGAGUAUCCCUGAUGGCCACACCGUGCUGUCAUUCUGUUUGUCAUGAGUCUUGGCUGUUUUCUCAUGAUGUGCCAUCCAUCACAUGGUGGUAAAGUUGGAAGAAGCAUUUUACAGUUGUAUUCGUGCAACUCGUGGGGCAAAGAAAACAAAACCCAUCGAUAAGGGCAACACUCACCAUAAAUGUGCACUUUCAUUUAGCUCAAGCAAUAGUUGGGGUGUUGGAAUAUAGUGGUAUUGACAACAAGCGUGAUAUUUCAAAAAUGAAAUAUUGAUAUCAUGUUGAUAGUACAUAUAUGAGGAUAUAAAUAAUUCAGUGCCACUAAAGAUCAGAUUGACAUUCCAACAUAGAAACAACUUAUAGAACAGUUAUGGUUAAGGAAUCUUCCACUCCUGACACUCAUAUUUUGAGUGUAAUUUAUCUGUCAGAAAAAGGUAAAACACAAUAAACAAAAUUAAAGAUGAA